AUGCGUAUUUUAACGCCAUCUUUCUGCACACCCCAACAAUUCGUAACUGUUGAAAAGAUUACACGUCAUUUGUUUUCGUCAAAAACAUAUGUAAAUACAUCACCACCAUGGGUUACUACUGAUAACGAACAAAAUCAAAAAUUUUUCAUCGCUUUCAGUCUCUACGGUACACGGUUUGCUGCACGAUUGAAAUUCAACAUGCACACAUUUUCCAUAUUACCCGUCGAACUUGUUUAUCGAAUUAUGGAUCAUCAAAAUGAGCAGACCCUAUUUUGUUCAAUGCAAAAUGUGUCCCGGCGGCUCAAUCAGAUCCUGAGCACCUAUGAGCGAUAUCGAACACUCACCACACUACGCUUCACUCGGAACACAAUCGGUGCUGGAGGAGUACAACACAUUGCGGAUGCGUUGCGAACGAACACGACACUCACCACACUAAACCUCAAUGGGAACGGAAUCGGUCCUGAAGGAGCACAACACAUUGCGGACGGGUUGCGAACGAACACGACACUCACCGCACUAAACCUCAGUUGGAACGGAAUCGGUCCUGAAGGAGCACAACACAUUGCCGACGGGUUGCGAAGGAACACGACACUCACCACAGUAGACCUCUGCGGCAACGUAAUCGGUGAUAAAGGAGCACAACACAUUGCGGAUGCGUUGCAAACGAACACCACACUCACCGCACUAAACCUCAAUGGGAACGAAAUCGGUGCUGAAGCAGCAAAGCACAUUGCGGACGCGUUGCGUAGGAAUGCAAGUGUGAAUAUGGUAUAG